AAUAUUCGAGCUAUUACGACGUGUUUGUUCGUGGUGUUGUGUGGCCACUAGGAAGCAAUUUUUUUAAAUUUUUAAAAAAUAAUUUAGUGAUAUAUUAAGAAAAAUUGUAGUUCGGUUUCAUUAUUAAAAAUUAAUUCAUAGUUAAUUAAGAUAUUUAGCGAAAAUGCCAUCGGAAAAGUCGAUUUACAAUCCGAACCCAGCAAUAAGUCGCAAUGCCUAUAUAUCGAGCAUGGAAGAAUACAGAAAAUUCUAUCAGGAAUCCUUAGAGAAACCUGAAGAGUUCUGGUCGCGCGUUGCCAAACAAUUCCAUUGGGAGACACCAGCUGAACCAAAUAAAUUCUUGCAAUAUAAUUUCAACAUUUCGAAAGGCCCCAUAUCCAUCAAAUGGAUGGAGGGUGCAUCAACAAACAUUUGCUAUAAUUUAUUGGAUCGCAAUGUACGGAACGGACUAGGAGACACAAUUGCUUAUUACUGGGAGGGUAAUCACCCUGAUGAUUAUUCGCGUGGCCUCACCUACCGAAAGUUACUGGAGGAAGUCUGCCGCUUUGCCAAUGUGCUGAAGGACCAUGGCGUACAGAAAGGCGAUCGUGUUUCGAUCUAUAUGCCCAUGAUACUUGAACUGCCAAUCGCUAUGCUUGCCUGUGCACGUAUUGGUGCAGUACAUUCCAUUGUAUUCGCCGGCUUCUCUUCAGAUUCUCUGGCGGAACGUAUGUUUGACUGCAAGGCAAAAGUUUUGAUAACUGCCGAUGGCGCUUGGCGCGGUGAAAAACCUUUGUACCUGAAGGCGCUCUGUGAUGUUGCUUUGGAAAAAUGUGAAGAACUGGGACAUUCGGUGGAGAAAUGUAUUGUGGUUUCUCAUUUAAAGCGUGUAACACCUUGUCAAGAUAAUCAUGUUGAAGAAGACAUACCAUGGACUGAUGAUCGUGAUUAUUGGUGGCAUGAGGAAAUGGAAGAUAAAGAACCUGCGUGUUACCCAGAAUGGAUGGAUGCUGAAGAUCCAUUAUUUAUGUUAUAUACAAGUGGUUCUACUGGCAAACCCAAAGGUGUAUUGCACACUACAGCUGGGUAUUUACUUUAUGCGGCAACUACAUUUAAAAUUGUUUUCGAUUAUAAGCCUGGCGAUAUAUAUUGGUGUACUGCUGAUAUUGGCUGGAUUACUGGACAUACAUAUGUCGUAUAUGGUCCUUUGGCAAACGGUGCUUCUUCAGUUAUGUUUGAAGGCACUCCAUUUUAUCCUGAUAAUGAUCGUUAUUGGUCUGUGAUUGACAAAUACAAGGUUACACAAUUCUACACUGCACCCACAGCUAUACGUGCCCUAAUGAAGUUUGGAGAACAACCAGUGUUGAAGCACAAGCUUAGUGGUUUAAAAGUUCUGGGUAGUGUCGGUGAACCUAUUAAUCCUGAAGCUUGGCUUUGGUAUUAUCGCUACAUUGGCAAAGAGAAAUGUUCAAUUGUGGACACAUUUUGGCAAACAGAGACAGGUGGACACGUUAUAACACCAAUACCAGGUGCAACACCGAUGAAACCGGGUUCAGCUUCAUUCCCAUUCUUUGGUGUAAAACCUAUUCUUCUUGACGAAAGUGGUGUGGAAAUCAAUGGUGAAGGAGAGGGUUAUCUGGUUUUCUCACAACCUUGGCCAGGCAUAAUGCGCACAUUAUUUAACAAUCAUCAACGUUUCGAAGAUACGUACUUCUCCAAGUUUCCAGGAUAUUAUUGCACUGGAGAUGGUGCACGUCGUGAUGCAGAUGGUUAUUUGUGGAUUACAGGGCGAGUUGAUGACAUGUUGAAUGUAUCUGGACAUCUAAUGUCGACUGCAGAGGUUGAGUCCGUGUUGACAGAACAUACACGUGUUGCUGAAGCCGCUGUGGUUUCACGUCCACAUCCAGUGAAAGGCGAAUGCCUAUAUUGCUUCAUCACACCAAAUCAAAAUGAAGUUUUCGAUAAGAAGAUGGUUUCCGAAUUGAAAAAGCUUGUUAGGGAACGUAUUGGCCCCUUUGCAAUGCCCGACAUUAUACAAAAUGCGCCCGGCCUACCGAAAACACGCUCUGGUAAGAUCAUGCGACGCGUCCUUCGCAAAGUGGCAGUUAACGAUCGCAAUGUGGGCGAUACCUCGACAUUAGCAGAUGAACAUAUCGUUGAUCAGUUAUUUGCAAAUCGGCCACAAGAAGCUAAGUAGACACAUUAGCAGACGGACAGGCGUACUGGAGGACAUAUUUGACUAACUUGGCUUGUCAAACAGGCGCGUUGUAAAUGAAUGCUAUUUUUGUUAAUAAUAUUAUUUAAGUUUUAAAUAAGAGAAGACAGGUAGUACUAUUUACCAUACAAAAAAAAAUAUAAGCACUAUAAAUGGCCUUACUACUACGCUUCUCUCGGCAUUUAUCUGCUCUACUGCUGCUAGACACAUUCUUUUAAGAAGGGUUAGGCUAAUCUUCUCGACAUGUACGAGUAUGUAUGUAUGUAUAUCUGUUAAAAAUCUCCUUCUCUAUAUUUAGAUUAGUUUACUUCAGUACUUUAAUUUUACAAUGAGCACAUGUACACAUAUAUUAAUGUGUUUUUUAGUAU